UGACAGCAUAGAACGAAAAUAUAAAUAAUUUCGCUCCCCUCUGACGAAUCCGUUUCCCCCUAUCCCUUACCUAUGGCUUCAAAUUCAAACAUAGAUAUAGAGGGUGCAACCCAGCAUCUUCGUGACAUAUUAAAGUUGGAUAGACCCGGGAACAACGUAGUCGCAUCUCCAUGUGAGAACCAAAGAAAAACAUCUUUCAAUGGUGAAUUGAAUGGACUUCGACCGGGAGCUGGCAAAAGGUCAUCCAUGGAUGAAUCCACAGGCCGUAAUUCGGAGAACAUGAACGCCCAAGAGUGCCAGAUCAUCUGCCUCUCUGGGGAUGAUGGCUCCACUUGCAUUCCCAUCACAUCAAACAAUGUUGAAAUUGUGGCCAGUCGAGACUCAAGCAUUGACAGCAAGGCCCGUGGCAGCAACAAGGUAAAAAUCCAGCCUGUCGCCAAAUACGACUGGGAGCACAAGCAUUACUACGGCAACCUGAUUGCAGUUUCUAACUCAUACCUGGCGUAUGCAAUCCGAGGAGCAAACAACCAGGCCAUGAUCCGUGUGUUGAGCCUGGGCUCCGCGGAGCGCACCCUGCUGAAGGGCUUCACUGGUGCAGUCACAGACCUGGCCUUCGCCCAUCUGGACUCCACCCUGCUGGGAUGUGUUGACGAAGCUGGCAACCUGGUCAUCUGGCAGCUCACCUGCCACAGCAGCAAGAUCCAGGAUCAAGUGGUUGUCCACAUCCGGAGGCCUGAAGACACACCUCUAAACUCCAAUAGGAGGUUGAUCUGGUGUCCCUUCAUCCUCGAGGACAAUGAAGAGAACCCUGAGGAUGCUAGCCAGACCUUGGCCCUGCUGCAUGAAGACAGGGCUGAGGUGUGGGAUCUGGAGAUCCUCCGCAGCAACAAUAGCACCUGGCCAGUAGAUGCCACUGACCUGAAGGACGGCGUUAUAACCAUAAAAGGACAUACAGAGCGUAUAAGUGAAGGUGCCCUGUCUCCGGAUGGCACAGUCUUGGCCACAGCCAGUCAUGAUGGUUAUGUAAAGUUCUGGCAAAUCUACAUUGAAGGACAGGACCAGCCAAGAUGUCUGCAUGAGUGGCAGCCCCACAAUGGGAACCCCCUCUCCUGCCUGCUGUUCUGUGACAACCACAAGAAACAGGACCCAGAUGUUCCAUUCUGGCGCUUUCUGAUUACUGGAGCUGAUCAGAACCAGGAGCUGAAGAUGUGGUGCACAGUGUCAUGGACCUGCCUGCAGACCAUCAGGUUCUCUCCAGACCCGUUCAACUCCUCAGUCCUGCCCAGUCUAAAGGCCAGCCUGGACCUCUCUGCAGAAUGCCUCAUCCUCAGCGACGUACAGAGAAAGGUGUUGUAUGUGAUGGAGUUGUUGCAGGACCAGGAGAAGGGCCAUGCCAGCUUCACAGCCGUGUCCGAGUUCCUGCUUACACACCCUGUACUCAGCUUUGGUGUUCAGGAUGUCAGCCGCAGCCGCCUGCGCCACACAGAGGUCCUCCCCCCAGAUGAGGAGAGCGAGAGUAUGACUGCAGAGGGCAACCAGGGCCCAAUGGAAUCCAGAGCUGGGAUACAAAUAAAGCUAUACUGUGUCCACACAAAGUCCCUUCAAGAUGUGCAGAUCUGGUUCCAGCCAAACCUUGGGUCUGGCUCGUCCUUAUUUCUGCCUCACUCAGACUCAAACGACGGCUUUGGUUUUUCGGAUCACUUGACAGACAUGAGCAUGGAAGGUUUGAGCUCUGACAAGGAGUCCGGAUGUGGCUCCCAAAAUGAUCUCCGUAAGAUUCCCGCCCUUCCUGCUCCUGCUGACUUCAUGUCCCCCACUGGCGCCGCCGCUAUGCCCAAGCUCAUGACCCCUGACGCCUUCAUGACCCCCAGUGCUUCAGUCCCAGCCUCCCCAGGCAGCAGUGCCAGCAGCCUGAAAAUGGUGACAGCCAUGACCAGCAACUCUGACAGUGGCGCCAGGGGAGGAGAGGAGCUGACCCAGAACCCCAAGAUGUCUAUGGAGAGCAGCAGCAGUAGCAGUCUGACUCUCAGUGCGAGCACCAGCAGCCCCAGAGCCAGCUCCCUUCUCAUCUCAGGCCUAGGGGACAACAUGCCGGUGCUUCCCUCUCCAAACCCGCCCCUCUCGAUGGACCCACAGGUCAUUGAGCCUAUGCUGAUUCAGCAUGCCUCUCCCACCCUGGCCCGCUCUCCAGACGUCAUCUCAUCUGCCUCCACGGCCAUGUCACAGGACAUCCCUGAGAUCGCCUCUGAGACGCUGCAGCGAAGCCUGGGGGGUGUGUCUGGAGCUGAAUCCCGAGACUCUCUCCCAGCCCUCCACACAGACAGCAUGGCUUCUGCAGCCUCAGCCCUUCACCACCUCUCUCCACGGAACCGGAACAACUCUGACCACGGCCACCUGACCCUAGAGCUGGGUGCUGGAGCAGUGGAGGCGGAGCAGAGGCUCAGUAACACUCCUUCACUACUGGAGAAUGCCCUGUCACAGGAGAAUGCUGCUGCAGCCGCCGCUGCCUCCUGCUCCGACAACAACACAAGCCACCCCUGGCCUGCAGCUCCCGACAUCACACGGGAAACGCGCAACAGCCUGCGGGACAACGGCCUAGGAGACUGCUCAAGGGAGGAAAUGAAGGACAGACACAUGUCCUCUCCAUACCACAGACGCACCUACCACUUAACCCAGAAUGACAGUCAGGACGCCAGUGCAGAACAGAGUGACCAUGAUGACGAGGUGGCCAGUCUAGCGUCGUCCUCCGGGAACUGUGGAGCCAGGUCGUCUCAAAGACUGCCAGUGAAGGAGUGGAAGAGCUCUCCCAGAGGCUCCCCUAAACUCAAGAGGAAGAGUAAAAAAGAUGAUGGGGAUGCAUCUCAUGCCUCUCAGUCCAGGCAGCCUGAGCAUCAUAAUCAUCAUCAGAUGAACCCUGAGGUGCAGGAAGAGCUGCUGAUGCUGCUGCGUAACCAGCAGAGGGAGCUAGCGGAUCUCCGUCAGAGUCAGCUAGAGCUGCUGCAGAGAGUGACGGGCCACAUGGACGCAGUGCAGAGCUCUGUCAUAGCCCAUGUGGAGCACGUCAUGGUCAGCCAGCAGGAGCACGAACAGAGGAGAAUGGAGAGAAUCCUAGCAGAGGGACAGAACCGUAACCAGCAACUCCAGGAGCAUCUCUCCCAGCAGCUGGCUCAAACUCUCAACAACACCCUGUGUAACCGUCUAGACAAGACUCUCCGAGAGGAGAUGAAGAAAACCGUUCCUCCCACUAUUAUCAAGAGUCUCGAGCCUGUUACUGCCCAGAUGAAUAACACCAUCGCUGCUAAGCUGACGGCUGUGGAGGCAGCACUGAAGGAGAACGUCAGCAAAGUCGUCAAGUCAAAGAACACCACAGAUGCAAUCGGCCGGGCAGCUGCUGAGGCAAUGCAGGGGCCUAUCCAGGCUGCCUACAAGGAUGCGUUCCAGAGCAUUGUGCUGCCUGUGUUUGAGAGGGGCUGCCAGUCUAUGUUCCAGCAGAUCAAUGACAGCUUCAAGCAGGGAACACAUGAGUAUAUCCAGCAACUGGAGACCCAUGUGAAGAGCAGGAAGCAGCGUGAGCAGGAGGGCCAGGACCCUAUGAUUGGCCAGCUGCAGCAGAUGAUUGACACGUUCCAGAAUUCUACAGAUCAGCUGGCCACCACUGUCACAGCAAGUGUCCGCUCGGAGGUCCAGCACCAGCUCAACAUGACGGUGGGAAACCUGCAGGAAUCAAUCCUGACCCAGGUGCAGCGCAUAGUGAAGGGUGAGGUGAGCAUGGCCAUGAAGGAGCAGCAGGCAGCUGUGACCUCCAGCAUCAUGCAGGCCAUGCGCUCUGCUGCAGGCACGCCCGUCCCUACCCCACACCUAGACUACCAGGCCCAGCAGGCCAACAUACUGCAGCUGCUGCAGCAGGGACAGCUCAACCAGGCCUUCCAACAGGCCCUGUCAGCCUCUGACCUGAACCUGGUUCUGUAUGUGUGUGAGACCAUCGACUCCCAGCAGGUGUUUGGCCAGCAUCCCUGCCCCCUGAUCCAGCCAGUGCUGCUGUCCCUCAUACAGCAGCUAUCCACUAACCUGGCCACACGCUCUGAGCUCAAGAUCAGUUACUUGGAGGAUGCUGUGAUGAACCUGGACCAUGGUGAUCCGGUGACGAGAGACCACAUGAGUACUGUGCUGUCCCAGGUCCGACAGAAACUGUUCCAGUUCCUGCAACAGGACCCACACAGUCCUCUUAGCAAGAGAGCCCGGCGCCUGGUGAUGAUGCUUCAGGGCCUGGUCAAUCACUAGUUCUGUACUUGUUUCUGCUCUGCUCCCAUACAGUUAGAAUAUGGUGCAGUGAGUUUCAUUGAGGUGCUGAGGGGAGUGGCAUUUAGUUAAAGAGAUGUGAGCAUGUUGUGUAAUUGCUCUGAUCUUCCUGUACCCUCGGCUCGCUCUGAUGCAUUAUACAUUGCAAUUGAAUUUAUUUUUUGUUGUCCUCAUUUAAGUGGUAAAAAUGGCAAGAACUGACUGGGUUUUCCCAUUUUGGACUUGUAGAUUUGAAGGAUUUUUCUGUUUGAAACCCACUGUUCAUCAUAAGAUCUAUGAACCUUGCCAUUUGCUUAUUUCAGUCCAUUUCCCUGUCAUAGCAGCAAGAGUUUGUUAGAGGAAAAAAACUAUCCUAAAUGUAGACUGUCGAAACAGAUGGGUGGGCCCUUUAUGUUUUCUGUAUGUUCAACCAUUCUUUUAAAUCCAAAGUUCUGACUUUAGUUCAGAAUGGUAUUUUGCUUUGAAUCUGCACUGUUAGUAUUGUAAUAAAGCCUUUCUCUGCUCUUUCCUAUA